AUGGGCUCCCUACCAAAGACAGCCAACAAAUUUGACGUCCUCAUCCUGGGCGCCGGCCUUUCUGGUCUAUGCACUCUGUAUCACCUUCAAAAGCGCUUCCCCGAUUGGCGUAUCAAAGUCCUCGACGCUGCCCCCGAUGUAGGCGGUACGUGGUACUGGAACUCCUACCCAGGCUGCCGCUUCGACUCCGAAUCUCUAUCGUAUUGCUUUUCUUUCGAUAAAGAGCUUCUUGAUGAGUGGCACUGGAAAGAGGCCUUUUCUCCUCAGCCAGAGACGCACAGAUACAUCACGUACUUUGCUGAGAAGCAUAAUCUCUACAAGGACAUCAAGCUCAAUACCAUUGUUACCAAAGCAACGUGGAAUGAGUCGGACCAUACUUGGACUUUCAUCGAUGAGGCUGGUGAUGAAUACGUUUCCACAUUUUUCGUCAGUGGUAUGGGCUUCUUGUCUGCACCGACUUUGCCUGCUAUUGAGGGCAUUGAAGACUUCAAUGGCAGACUGUUCCACACUUCUCGCUGGCCCAAGGAUCUCGACAUCAGUCGCGACUUUGCUGGCAAGAAGGUUGGCGUCAUUGGUACAGGAGCCACCGGCAUUCAGAUCACCACCUCUCUAUCCAAGGAUCCCAACAUUGAGUCAAUCAGUGUAUUCCAGCGCACAGCCAAUUGGUCUGCACCACUUCGCAAUUCUGAGAUCUCUCUCGAAGACAUGGCAGACCACAAGAAGAACUACGACAAUAUCUUCAAAACUUGCUCUGAAAGCUCUUCUGGUUUCAUGCACAAGGGUGAUCCUCGCAAGUCGCUUGACGUCACAGAGGCGGAACGACUUGAGUUGUGGGAGAAGCUUUACAAUGCACCUGGUUUUGGCAAGUGGCUGAGUGUCUUUUCGGACACGUACACCGAUCGCUAUGCCAACAGCCUAUAUUCCAACUUCAUGGCCGAUAAGAUCAGGCAGCGCGUCAACGAUCCCGCUAUUGCAGAGAGUCUGAUUCCAAAGAGCCAUGGAUUUGGAACCCGUCGAGUACCUCUUGAGAGUGGUUACUUUGAGGCAUACAACAAGUCUAACGUUCAUCUUGUUGAUUUGCAAAAGACACCCAUUGAACUCGUCACAGCGUCUGGGAUUCUUACAUCUGAUGGAAAGGAGCACAAGCUUGAUAUCUUGAUCUGUGCGACAGGCUUCAACGCUAUCACCGGUGCUUUCAGUGCGAUCGAGUGGCAUGGGAAGAACAACCGUCCUCUUAUCGCAACCAGCGACAGUCCCAAUGCCGACAAAGCAAUUUGGCUUGACCACCGACCUCAGACAUUCCUCGGUCUCACUGUGCCGUCUAUGCCAAAUAUGUUUAUGGUUCUCGGUCCUCAUCAACCUUUUGGGAAUGCUACUCGAAACAUCGAGUAUGCUGUGCAAUCCAUCUCGGAUUUACUGCAGUAUUGCAAGGAUCAUGAAUACACUUCUGUUGAACCCACAGAACAGGCUGUUGAGCAGUGGACUGAACAUGUGGUGAAGUGCAGUGAGAGUCAGACCUUGAUGAAUGAGAUUGAUAGCUGGAUGACGGGUGUCAACAAAAAUGUCAAAGGGAAGUCAGUCAGAAGUGUGGCGCGGUAUAGUGGCAACAUCACUGAGUAUCGUCGACGAUGUGAGGAAGUGAAGAAGAUGGGCUACAAGGAACUUGUAUUUUCUUAG